AUGUCCAAGUGCAGCCGCAGAGGGCGCUUGACCAAACACACUAAGUUUGUACGAGACAUGAUCAGGGAAGUCUGUGGCUUUGCUCCCUAUGAGAGGCGUGCUAUGGAAUUGCUGAAAGUGUCCAAAGACAAACGUGCUCUGAAGUUCAUAAAGAAAAGGGUUGGCACUCACAUUCGGGCCAAGCGAAAGAGGGAAGAGCUUAGCAAUGUCCUGGCAGCCAUGAGGAAGGCCGCUGCCAAGAAGGAUUGAGCUGUACAAAUUUGUGUAAUUCAGUAAAGUUUGUUCAAAAAACUCCA